UCUGUUGCUGUUGGUUGCCACAGUGAUUUAGACUUGAAAGCUCCCAUCUUUUCAUGUCUAUUGACACUGAUAGUUGAUAUAUCACUUGGCUUGUUCAUGUCCUCUUUUGACCCUCUAUUUCUUUCUUUCUUUCACUGUUUUCCCAUCCUUGUCAAUAAGCAGUUGAAUUAAUCUAAACUUGAGAGAGGAAAGAGAGGGGGAGGAGCAGGAGGAGGGGGAGAGGCCAGAAGAAGAAGAUUAAUGGGUUCUCUUGGAGGUGAGACUGCAAAGAAGAAGGCAAUGUGGCUCUACCCAAAGGUUUUGGGGUUCAACCCUUCUGAGAGAUGGGGUCACUCAGCCUGCUAUUCUCAUGGGUUGGUCUAUGUUUUUGGGGGAUGUUGUGGGGGUUUGCAUUUCUGUGAUGUCCUCGUGCUGAAUCUCGACACUAUGGCUUGGGACACCCUUGUGACAACAGGUCAGGGGCCAGGUCCAAGAGACAGCCACAGCGCUGUAAUUUUGGGGCAGCGGAUGAUAGUAUUUGGCGGUACUAAUGGCUCAAAGAAGGUGAAUGAUCUUCACAUACUCGAUCUUGGUUCAAAAGAGUGGACAAGGCCUGAAUGUAGAGGCGCUCCGCCUUCUCCUCGUGAAAGUCAUACCGCCACUCUUGUUGGUGAUGAGAAACUAGUGAUUUUUGGGGGGAGCGGAGAAGGGGAAGCGAAUUACUUAAAUGAUUUCCAUGUUCUCGACCUCAAGACUAUGAGAUGGACUUCUCCUGAGGUGAAGGGAGAUACUCCUGCCCCUAGGGAUAGUCACAGCGCUGUAGCGAUAGGGAACAAGCUCAUUGUUUAUGGCGGGGACUGUGGUGAUCGGUAUCAUGGAGACAUUGACAUUCUUGAUAUGGACACGCUAACUUGGUCAAGGUUGUCAGUUCAAGGAUCUUCGCCUGGUGUUCGAGCAGGGCACGCUGCAGUUAGUAUUGGAACAAAGGUCUAUAUCAUCGGAGGGGUUGGAGACAAGCAUUACUACAACGAUGUCUGGGUCCUCGACGUGAUUACUUGCUUGUGGAACCAGCUUGAGAUCCGGGGCCAGCAGCCACAAGGCCGGUUUUCUCACACAGCCAUUGUCACUGACUCAGACAUUGCCAUCUAUGGAGGGUGUGGCGAGGACGAGCGUCCCCUCAAUGAAUUGCUCGUCUUGCAGCUUGGAUCCGAGCAUCCUAAUGGCCGCUACAACAUUUCAUUGUGCAAAAUAUUUGGAAAUCAUUGGAGCCAUGGAAAGAGACGGUUCCAUAGAGAAGCUGAAAGCAAUUCAAAGACUAUGCUUUUUGGGAAUGAUGUGGAGGUAGUAAGAAAGGAUGCAUGCGAACCAGAACUAGAAUCAAACCGAUCUGUUCGGUUUAGCUCAGAUACUUUGCAUCCAAAGAGGAGGAGAACCGGGAAUUUGAAGGCGUGGGAGUUUGAGUCUGAGCAAGAAGAGCAUUCUCUUUCACUGUCGCAGAGUUCAUCUCCAUCACAGUCUGAUCAAGAACAGACCCCAAUUGGGAAGGCCACCGACUCCUCCAUAGCAGCCUCUCUGGGAGUGCCUCUCUUCAGGCAGCCGAGCAAUAGUCAAGCUAACAAUGUCUCUAGCAAACAGAAAGAGCCUAGAAGCGUUGACCAAUCAUCCCGACAUGAUAUCUGUUUCUUGGGAGAACGUCAAAACCAGCAAAAGCCCGAAAACUUUCAGAGACAACAGCUACAGUACCACCAGCCUCCAGAACAGAAGCCCCUGGACCUGAUUGGAGCUGAGAUCCGAGGGAAAGUCGAUGGAGCCUUCGACUCCGGCUACCUGAUGACUGCAACUGUAAAUGGCCAGAUUUUCAGAGGAGUCUUAUUCAGUCCUGGACCUGCAAUGGUGUCAAGGGGCAUUGUUCUAGGCCAAAGUGCUUCGUCUCCAAUGGCCCACGUUGCAGUGACAAGGCCAUGUCCAAAGCUCAUUCACGCAGAGCCAUCUCUUUUCAAGCCUUCCCAGCAGGCCAUAGCAUUCCCCGUCCCGGAAUCCGGGCAGGCCUACAGGCAAACCGUAAUUGCUAGGCCAUCUCCGGUGGUCAGAUCAAUAACUCCGGCACACCCAAAACUCAGAACCGACCUUCAGGGUGUGGUUCUGACCCUGGGAGGUCCUGGAAGCAGCCAUGGUGGACUGUAAACCCUAGAUUAAUCAAAAUUUCACUUGUUUUUGAUCCUUUUAUCCUCUUGUAAAUCUUUGAGAAAGUGUUCUUUGUUUUUGAAUUAGUAGGAUUGAUUUGAAUUCAGGUCUGGAUUAGGUAAGUUAGCUGUAAUAUUAGGAGUUUGUGUGACAAAAGACUAAGUGUAAUAUUAAGAGUUUCAACAUAUAUUAACUUUUUUUCCUGUGA